UCUUUCCAUGUCAUAAAAUCAAAUAAAAUAUAAAUUUGAAAUUCUCCAUAAUUAUUCAUGGAAUCUUUGUAGUCCGAGUGGCAUUCCUUAGUAAAGAGCAUAGGUGAAGAACAAAAGAAGAUCAUCGACGCCAUGGCCACCGACUUCAAAUCCAUCCCAAUUAUCGAUAUUGCUCCUUUGUUGGCCAAAUGCGAUGAUCCAAAAAUGGCUCAAGACCCUGGUGUAUGUGAAGUUGUUAAGCAAUUAGAGAAGGCUUGCCGUGAGGCUGGGUUCAUCUAUGCGAAGGUUCAUGGUAUCCCUGAGACUAUGGUGAAAGAGGUUAGAAAUGUAACACGCAAAUUCUUUGAUCUUCCAUACGAAGAAAAACUCAAGAUCGAGUUGACACCAGCUGCUGGAUACAGGGGAUACUAUAGAAUUGGAGAAAACAUUACCAAAGGUGUGCCCGAUAUGCACGAAGCUAUUGAUUGCUAUAAAGAACUAAAACAAGGGAUGUACGGAGAUCUUGGCAAACCCAUGGAAGGAUGCAAUCAAUGGCCGCAUAAUCCUCCAAACUUCAAAGAACUGAUGGAGGAGUAUAUCCGUCUCUGUACAGAACUGUCAAGAAAAAUUAUGCGGGGAAUUGCUCUUGCAUUGGGUGGUUCACCAGAUGAAUUCGAAAGGGAAAGAUGCGGUGAUGCAUUUUGGGUGAUGCACCUUAUUGGUUACCCGGGAGCAUCAACUGCAAAUGGAAAAUCGGUGCACGCACGGACUAUGAUGAAGUGCCCUUUUAACUUGAGAUAAGUGGUUUAAAAGAUUUAAUUUUAAAACAACAUUUUGUCAAUGUUUCAACAUGUUUGUUAACACUGGCGAACCAAGAUGAAAAUAUCACUGCACUUCAGGUGAGAAACCAAUCCGGUGAGUGGAUCUCAGCUCCUCCGAUUCCCGGAACAUUUGUCUGCAACAUUGGUGAUAUGUUGAAGAUACUAUCUAAUGGUUUAUACGACUCAACUCUACACCGAGUUAUCAAUACAUCUCCUACAUAUCGGGUCUGUGUAGCAUAUUUUUACGAGCUGAAUUAUGAUGCAGCGGUGGAGCCUUUGGAAGUCUUCUUACAGAGGAGCGGUGGAACUCGGAAGUUCGGAAAAGCUGUUUACGGAGAACAUUUAGUUAGCAAAGUUAAAACAAACUUUGUAAUGUAAUAGUUUUGCUUUGGAAUU